AUGAUACUUUCUCUUAAAUUGAUCUCCGAAAAAAUAUCUCACCUUGAUAUUUUAAAGUACUGUGAUUGUUUUGAAAUGCAUACAAAAUGUCAAAAUGAAAUUCAACAACAACAAGCUUUAAUAAUUCAACUUCAAGAAGAUUUAGUUGGUAAGAACAAAAGAAUAUCGGAAUUAUCAAGUUUAUUGGAUAAAUAUCAAAGUGUAUUUAAUCAGUCACCAUCUUUAUCAACACCAGUAACAGUGAUUAAAGGUCAAAUACAACCACAACAAUCAAGAGAACGACAAUUGGGCUUGAAUGAUGUUGUAUUUGGAUUUGGUGGCAAUAAUCAAUCACACGUAUAUGAUCCAACUGUACAAACAAGAAAACGUUGUAUCGGUAUAUCGGCUGAACCUCAAAAUGAAGAUGAAAUUCAAUCGAAAGAACUUAAAUCAUAUCCUAAGUCAGAGGAUGUUCGUAAACUAAUAAAAGGUGCUGUUCUGGAAAAUGACUUCAUGAAUCAUAUCGCAUCAAGUCAAUUGAAUCAGUUAGUCGAUUGCAUGUACAGCAUAGAGUUUACUGCGGAUGAAAUGAUCAUUACUGAAGGCGAUUAUGGCUCGUUAGUGUAUGUAUUAGGCGAGGGACAACUAGAAAUUUCCAAAGAUGGUCGAAAAUUAAGAGUGCUAGAUCAUCCGACAGUACUAGGGGAAUUAGCUGUUUUAUACAAUUGCACUCGAACUGCCAGUGUUAAGGCUAUAACAAAUGGAACACUUUGGGCAAUUGAUAGAACAUCAUUUCAAACUAUAUUAAUGAGAGAUCAUUUACAAAAACACAAUGAUUACAUAACAUUCCUUAAAAGUGUACCAACAUUUAGUAAUUUACCAGAUAGUACAAUAUCAAAAUUAGCAGAUCAACUGAAUGAAGUUACUUAUCGUCCAAAUGAAUAUAUAAUACGUCAAGGUGCAAGAGGUGACAAUUUCUAUAUAAUUGCUGAUGGUCAUGUGAAGGUGACCAUUUAUCCAACAACAGAGAAUGGAGUAAUUGAUCGUACAAAAGAACCUCAGUUUGUACGUACACUAGGUAGAGGAGAUUGGUUUGGUGAAAAAGCAUUAACUGGUGAUAAUUUACGAACGGCCAAUAUUAUUGCAACUGGAGAUGAAGGGGUAACAUGUUUAGCUUUGGAUUUAGAGUCAUAUAGUCUUCUGAUUGCUGAUUUGGCUGCAUUAAAAAGGCGAUAUUCACAAGAAAAACCGCAAGAAACUACAAUUGAAGAAUACAAGCCAGAAUUUCAAAACUUACAAUUUCAAGAUCUAAAAAUUAUGUCUACUUUGGGUUCUGGAGGUUUUGGUCGUGUUGAGCUCGUAAGUAUAGGAAGUGAUAAGACAAAAACAUAUGCUUUAAAAAAGAUGAAAAAACAGCAUAUUAUUGAAACAAAACAAGAGGAACAUGUAAUAAAUGAACGUAAUAUUAUGUUACAUACAGAUUGUGAUUUUAUUGUAAGACUAUGCAAAACAUUCAGAGAUAAUAAAUAUGUCUAUUUACUGCUUGAAGUAUGUCUGGGUGGUGAACUUUGGUCACUUCUAAAGGACAAAUAUUUUUUCACGGAACAAGCUACACAAUUCUAUGUGGCAUGUGUAGUUGAAGCAUUGGAUUACUUACAUAGGAAAAAUAUUGUGUAUCGUGAUUUAAAACCGGAAAAUAUUAUGCUGGAUACACAAGGAUAUUGUAAGCUAACAGAUCUUGGAUUUGCUAAACAAUUAUCAUAUGGAGCUAAAACAUGGACAUUCUGUGGUACACCAGAGUAUAUGGCACCCGAAGUAAUAUUAAAUAAAGGUCAUGAUAUUGCUGUUGAUCAUUGGUCAUUAGGUGUAUUGUUAUUUGAACUACUGACAGGCUUACCACCAUUUGAAUCACCAGAUACAAUGCGCACAUAUGGAAUUAUAUUAAAAGGAAUAGAUGCUGUUAAUUUUCCAACAAGAAUGUCAAAAAAUGCUCAAUCUUUAGUUAAAAAACUUUGUCGUGAAAAUCCGACUGAACGAUAUGGCAUAGGAAAAGAAGGACUACGUGAAAUCGAAAGGCAUGUAUGGUUUGAAGGAUUCGAUUGGGUUGGAUUACGUAAACGAGUAUUAAAAGCACCAUAUGAAAGACAAGUAACGUCACAAAGUGAUCUCAGACACUUUGAUGAAUAUCCAGAAGAAACAGAAGAACCAGAAGAUGAAACAUCGGGUUGGGACGAAUCAUUUUAA